AUGUCUACUCCUCGAAAAAGAUCUGUUCCUGAUGAAAAUUCCCCACCUGCCAGCACCUUCAUUCCGUACACUACACCACCAAUAUCAACUGUCAAACGAGUGUGGCGGCAGGUUCUCAAGGAUGUUACACCUGCCCAACUCAAUGAAGCAUGUCAAUCUUGGAUCGAAAAACAAAAGGAGAGGGCUCAAGAGGAGGAGCUUAGGUUGAGGGAGGCUGAAGAAGAGAAGGAGAGGCAGACAACUGAGCGGCUAUCCGACGCUCUAUGCGUAUCUAUCCGAACUCCUGCCACCAACGACCGACAGCUUUCAUCUCAGGUCACCCAAAUGCUUUCUCAUCACGGCAUCCAUAUCAUCGAGUCCAUUCACCAGUGUCAACCUGCAGCAACAGAUGCUUGGAUGGCUGCUAGGUUGAAGACCCUGCUUGUCGAAGAAGGAGUUCAACUCGGCAGUGACUUUUCCCUCGCCAACCUCUUGACUGACGCUCGAACCGCUGCACCAAAUUUCUUUUCUUUUCUUUGCAAUCUGAACGGGUAUUCCGCUGAUGCAACGCUUGAGCGACGCAAGAAAAAGGAUGUUGUUCUUAGCACUGUUAUGUGUAUCAUUGCCCAAACAAAGAACGAAAAGGCAAGUGAAUUUCAGCUUGUAACAGCCAUUUACCUCCUCGCAAGUGGAGCGUCUCGCUCGCUUUUCAACGUACUCAAUCACGCUGGCUUCUCUCUCUCGUACUCAUCCGCGAUGGACAAGAUCAAACUCAUGGGGAAAGAACGGCUACAGUGCAUCUGGUCCUUGGUCCGCGAGAAGGUGUGUAUGGUCAUUUGGGACAACAUCAACAUUGCCUUUCGCGUGAAUGAGCAGCGACAAGCCGCGAAGAAUCAUUUCGAUAACGGAACGACUGCCACUCUACUCCCACUUUUCAACGUUCCUUACGGUUCCAUCCCUCUUUCGGUAUUGCCAUCACGUCAGGUUCGACGGAAUGUCUAUGAUUUCCAACCCCAUAUCGAUCUUCUACCAACCGCCGACCAAGUUUCAGAGCUCCAGACUUCCAUGAUCUGGCAUAUCGAAGACAUCCUGCUCAACACAUUUCCAGACAUUCGUCAGUGUCUGAAAGGCGUUGAUUUGUCUCCCCCCAUGGUCCUUGCAAUCCCAGUUCAUAAAACAGAACAAUAUCCACUUCCUGCCACGCUCAUUGAUGAAUCGACAAUUGAUGGUACACUUGACAUCGUCGAUCAUAUAUUUUUCCGCACGUUAGGUCUCACUGAAGAUGAGAUAAAGAAGCAUGGGCCCUUUCUCAGUGCUUCUGCAUCUCGACGAACAGAUACUUCCCUUGUCGAUAGCCCUGGAAAGUUCAUGAAACCUCAAAUUGGUCUCUUCCACGGAAAGGUGGCCGGAAGUCGAUGCACGGCCAACGAACACUGGGGUGUCCUGAAUAGCAAGUCCCCUUGGUCUCUCUGGCGAAUGAACACCUUACUUGGCUGGAAACCCAUCACAGCUGGUUGGAAAGCCAAGCAGCUGCCGCCAUUUCGACCCAUUAUGGAGCUCAUGUUGCAGCUGGCACUUCUGGCAAACAUCCUUGAUGGUUUUCGUUUGUACUGUCCAGGUAAUGACCUCAAAAAAUGGACCUCGCAGAUUAAGACCCGUGAGGAGCUUUCCCGGGUUUCGAAAGCUGUUUUCGAGGAACUUUUUUCAGCUCAGCGGGUAACCAAACUUCGUAAACUCAAGACGCGUGACGUUCCUCUCGAAAAUAUCAUUUUAUUCAACCGUGACGCUCUUAUACUCCUUGUGCUUACUGCAGCUAUCAAACAAGGGGAUAUCGGAACAGUGAUUAAUGUCCUUGCACACUGGGUACUCAUGUUUCAUGGGUCAGGAAAGAUGCCAAAGUAUGCCGAUGCUCUUUUUCACACUCUUAUGGAUUUGAAAACAAUGCACCCUCAUCUUCGCAAUGCCUACUUGAUGAAUUGGUUGGCCAAUUUAUCGGGCAGGCCAAAUGGCUUCAAAGAGAUGGACUUACUUCAAGAGCAUCAAAAUUUCUGGCUUAAGAUUAUUUACAAUGCCAAAGGCUCUAACCGGAGCUGGGAAUGGCUUGCGAUGGUCUCUGUUUCAAUAUUUGCCCUUCGGGAAGUCAUUCGCCAGGUUCAGACCCACUUCAAAACACCACGCAACAGUAAUUCCCACACAAGUCCAUCCACUGAAGCUGAUGUCCAGAUCAUCCACAAUUACCUUGUGGCUAAUAUGAUUCAAAGCUAUACACCCAGUCGCUUGAAUAAUGAAUGGGCAACUCCCUCACAGGAUCUCAUGGUUGCAGGUGCCGUUUACGCAACAACCGCAUCAGCCUAUCGAAAUUUCCGGCCAGACAAAAGACAUGCAUAUUUUGCGUCUGGGACCAGCAGCCCCAAAACUUCAAGUGUCGAAGAGACUCCAGACCCAUGUGACUUUCAGGAAGACCCAGGACUUGAUCUUGGGGAUCUGAGCUUGGAUGAUGAAGAAUUCCCUGCAGAGCACGCCUACGUUUUGACCCACGGGGGUGCCCCCGUGCCCUACGUACAUUUUCACCCUGUCUUCGCAAACUCCCUUCCCCUCAUGAACUACCUUCCCCACGCAUGGAAACUCCUGGCCUUUGGCGCUGCCGCCUUCCACGCUGACCCCUCCCACACCCACCUGUAG